AUGGGAGCCGGAUUCUCUCUUUGCUUACAACCUUCCGAUAGCUUCCGGCCAUCUGAUGUCGAGUCCAAACUCAACGAUUCACCAGACACAGAGAACAGAAACCAAAAUGAAAAGGACUCGUUGCCCAGUUUCACCGAGUUCAGCUUGGACCAACUGAAAGCUGCCAGUUUAGGAUUCUUGUCGGGAAAUGUUGUAUCUGAGGGUGGAGAGGGAGCUUCCAGUGUGGUGUACAAAGGGAAGCUGGAAAAUGGCCUUUUGGUGGCUGUUAAGCGCUUCAACCAAUCUGAUAGGCCUGAUUGCGGCCAAUUUCUUGUGGAAGCUAGAGCUGUGGGGCAGCUGAGGAGCAAGCGCUUAACAAAUUUGAUAGGGUGUUGCUUCGAAGGCGAUGAGAGAUUGCUUGUGGCUGAGUUCAUGCCUAAUGAAGCUCUCUCUAAGCAUCUUUUCCUUUGUAACUUCCUCUCAAAUUUUAAAAUUCUUUUGCUGUGCUAG